CACCCCAUAUUUUCGGCCAAACCAUCAAAGGAGGAGGAAGAGGAAGCUCUCAAGCUACUCUCCAUUGCUGCAACUCGAACUCAACCAAAAGUAGUCCAAGGAGUGGGAUUAAAGAAGGAAGAAGGCUAGGAAAAGUGUGUAGAAUUAAGGCACUUGUAAAGGGUAUUUCAAGUGAUUUCACAAAGUUGGAAAAGUCGUCGGAGUUGUCACCGGAGUUGACCAAAAGUCGCCGGAGUUUCAUCGGAGUUCAACCAAGAAGGGUAGAACUUCUUAACGCUAGUUCAAGGUUGAAGCUAGGGCUUGCUACUUGCACCUCUCUUACGGGUGAUAUCGACUCAGGAAGACGUGGUUCGUGCUUCCUUAUUUUCUUUCAAACUACCGAACACUUGCUCAUGGAUAUUUGUUCUACUAUAAACUAUUUUUGGGGCUUGCAUGCCCAUGUUGUUGGCCGGUUGUGGCUUAUGACUUACCGUUGAAUAUUUCCGC